AUGUCCUCUGGUUGUCCUCAUGGUUGGAAUCGUUUCAAACGACGCUGCUUUGUCUACAUUCCACGACCCAUGAAUUGGGCUCAAGCUGAGAGAAACUGCUUGUCCAUGGGUGCACACCUUGCAUCUGUGCACAGCAGCAGUGAGUACCAUCACAUUCAGAAGCUGACUGGCCCUCAUGGCUACAAAGAAACUUGGAUAGGAGGAACUGAUGCAUCCGGGGAAAAUGUUUGGCUGUGGAGUGAUGGGACCCCUUUCCAAUAUGCACACUGGUGCCCAGGAGAGCCUAAUAAUGCUUUCAAGCAGGAUUGUCUGCAGAUAAAUAAUAGCUCUUCCAAGUGUUGGGAUGAUCUGGAGUGUGGCUUACAUCGGCCAUCUGUCUGUGCCAAGAAAAAAAACAACACUCCUCGGCUGACACUGAAGCAUGAAACUCCCAUAAAAACACAAACUGAUGUAUAA